AUGGAAGAUAGUGAUGAUGAAGAAAAUGUCCAAGUUAUUGUGUUUGGGAAUUCGUCUAUAGCUAAUUUUGAUGAUUUCUACAGAGAAGAAAUUACAAGAGAGAAAAAUUAUGAAGAAAAAAAUAACACAAACACAAAUAAUUCUCUCAAAAAUGAGGUUCAGAGUGAAGAAAUAGAAGAUUUAGAUUUAGAUGCUCAAGUAUUAAAGGCAACGAAAGAAAAUAAAGUUUUUAUGAAAUAUGAGUACACUCAUGAAAAACCAUGGACAUAUCAUAGUGACAAAAGCAUUUGGUUUAAUUACAAUUUUGAUGAAAAUAGCUUUAAAGAUUGGGUUCAGAAGCACAUUGACAGAAGAAUUGAAAAGCAGCAGAAUUAUCAAAUUGAAAAUUCAGAUAAUAUUUUUAAUGAAAAUUUAAAAAGUAACAUAAAUACUUCAACUUAUGAAGAAGAUUUACAAAUUUCAAAAAAUCUUAAUUAUAAAAAUCAAAAUGUAAAAAAUAAAAUGAAAUAUAAAAAUACGAAAAAUAAUUUUUAUAAUAAUAAAAAUAGUAUACAUAAUAAUAUUAAUAAAGAUAAUUCGACCUUCACAGCUGAUGAAAAUAGUUUUGAUAAUCAGGUAUUUAGGAAUGAAGAUUUUUUUAUCCAUUCUAAUAAAAAUAAAUCAUAUGAUAACAAUAAAGAUAUUAAGAAUAAUUUUAUACAAAGUUAUAGUAAUAACAAUACGAGUAUUAACAGUUAUAACAAUAACAGCAAUAAUAAAAUAAAAAAUGAUACAGUAGAUGUUCCGAUUCAAAAUGAUGAUUUAAAACAGUUACAAAAUUUAAUUAACUUUUUUAAAGAAAACCCAGAAGUAUAA